CCUGGGGAAAGAUACAAAUUAUCCAACUGUACAGAACUCCUCUGUAAGGGAAACAACAAGGUAGAAAUAAUCCCAACACACUGCCCACCUGUAAAGGAAAUUACUUGUGCAAACAAAUAUCCAGCAAUACUGGUACCUGAUGAAAACGGCUGCUGUUACCACUAUGAGUGUCAAUGUGUGUGCAGUGGAUGGGGUGAUCCUCAUUAUAUUACUUUUGAUGGAACCUACUAUACCUUCCUUGAAAACUGCACUUAUGUCUUGGUGAAACAGAUUGUACCUAAAUAUGACAACUUCCGUGUUUACAUUGACAAUUAUUACUGUGAUUCAAAAGAUGGACUUUCUUGCCCUAAAUCCAUUAUUAUUUUCUACAAAUCUGCAGAAGUUGUGCUGACCCGUCAACUCAUGAAUGGUGUGAUGACCAAUGUGAUGUACUUCAACAAAAAGAUUGUCAAACCAGGCUUCAAAAAAGAUGGCAUUUCUUUCUCCACACUUGGCAUCAACAUGAUUGUGGAAAUACCAGAGCUUGGUGCAACCAUCACCUUUAGUGGGAUGAUUUUCUCUGUGAAACUCCCAUUCAGCAAAUUUGGCAACAACACCGAAGGACAGUGUGGAACGUGUACAAAUAAUAAAUUAGACGAAUGCCGCUUACCAAGUGGUAAGAUAAUUUCUUCCUGUCCUCAAAUGGCUCAUCACUGGAUUGUUGAUGACAACAAGUCCUGUCAUGGAAUACCAAUACCACCAAUUGUAACCACACCUCCACCAAAGCCGCAAUGUGAAACACCUCCUCUCUGCAAGCUUAUCUGGAGCGAGAUUUUUGCAGAAUGCCAUGCUGUAAUACCACCAGAACCAUUUUUCAAAGGCUGUGUUUUUGAUGGCUGCCGCAUAGCUAAUGAAUCCAUGCAGUGUUCCAGUUUGGAGAUAUAUGCUACAGAGUGUGCUUCUAGAGGUGUCUGCAUUGAUUGGAGAGGAAAGACCAACAAUACAUGCUCAUUUAACUGUCCAGCAAGCAUGUUAUAUAAGCCAUGUGGACCCAUUAAUCCUGCUACCUGUGACCCAAGCCUGCAGGGAACCAAAUGGAAUAUCCAGAGAGGGCCUGGCUGUGUCAUCAAUGAAACAUACUAUGCACCUGGAACUGUCAUACCAUCAGGCCCCUGUGAGGAAUGUACUUGUUCUGAAUCCUCUUACUCAGGCCCUCACCAUACUGUCAAGUGCAAGCCUGUAAUCUGUGACACAUACUGCCCAGAGGUUGGAGAAUUCUGGAACCCACCUGGUGAUAACUGUACAACUUACUCAUGUGAAAAACGUGAUGGCCAGUUCAUUCAAGUAGUCUUACAGAAAAGCUGUCCUGCCUUUAAUCCUGAUGAGUGUGAUCCAAAUGACAUCAAGCUCUCUGAUGAUGGCUGCUGUAGAGAGUGCAAAAGGAUAAAGAAUAUUCCCCAGAGGCUAACACGAUGGAACAUAAAUGCUCAUGUUGUCAGGAAAUUAAGACCAGCCAAAGAAAAGUGA